GGAAAAAAAAUGCAAUUGUCUGAAAAAAAAAAAAAAAAUUAAGUUGAAUCUCUCACUAUAAAUGAGGUAUGUAAAGCCAACUAAUUCAAGUCUUUGUGUUUCGUGUGGUAGCUCCUAGCCACCUAACUCAUAAAUUCUCCCACCUUCCUUCUCUGCCAACGGUAAUGGCUUUUCUGCUUCACUGUGUUUGAUUCUAAACUUUUCCCAUUUCAAUUUAUCAUGAUUUCUGGGCAACUAUUGUCCGAAGAUUCAUUCUUUGUUAAAAAAUGAAGAGAGAAAUCAAUACCCAUUAGGGAAUUUAUAAAAAAAUUGAGGUUUUCGUUGUCGUUUUGAGGUUUCCGUAGAAUGUAAUACUUGGAUUGUUGGAAUUUGGAAGAAAGUUAACAAAUGGCACGCAAGAAGAUCAGAGAGUACGACUCCAAGAGAUUGUUGAAGGAGCAUCUCAAGAGAAUUUCUGGCUAUGAACUGCCCAUCAAAUCCGCACAAGUUACAGAAUCAACUGAUUUCAAUGAGCUAGCGGAGAAGGAACCCUGGCUUUCAUCGGGGAAACUGGUUGUGAAGCCUGACAUGCUGUUUGGGAAGCGCGGGAAGAGUGGUCUAGUUGCCUUAAAUCUAGAUUUGGCUGAAGUUGCUGUUUUUGUGAAAGAACGCCUCGGCAAAGAGGUUGAGAUGAGUGGAUGUAAAGGACCUAUAACAACAUUCAUUGUCGAACCUUUCAUCCGUCACAAUGAAGAGUUUUACCUUAAUAUUGUCUCGGAACGACUUGGCUGCAGCAUAAGCUUUUCAGAAUGUGGAGGAAUUGAAAUUGAAGAGAAUUGGGAUAAGGUUAAGACGGUAUAUGUUCCAACAGGGUCAUCAUUUACAUCAGAAACAUGUGCUCCACUUGUUGCCACCCUUCCACUGGAGAUAAAACGAGAAAUUGAGGAGUUUAUUAAAGCAGUUUUCGCUUUAUUUCAAGAUCUUGACUUCACUUUCCUUGAGAUGAAUCCUUUCACUUUGGUUAAUGGAAAGCCUUAUCCCUUGGAUAUGAGAGGCGAGCUGGAUGACACUGCUGCUUUCAAGAACUUCAAGAAGUGGGGCAACAUUGAAUUUCCGAUGCCAUUUGGCAGAGUUAUGAGCCCCACGGAGAGCUUUAUUCAUGGGCUAGAUGAAAAGACAAGUGCAUCUUUGAAAUUCACAGUUCUGAAUCCAAAGGGGCGAAUUUGGACUAUGGUGGCUGGAGGAGGUGCAAGUGUCAUCUAUGCAGAUACAGUAUGGUUCUUUUUGCUUGGAUAUAGGAUUUCUGUGAAACGAAUCUUUCUUUCUUUUGUUUUCUCCGUUUGCAUCGGCCUGUUAUGUGAUAAAAAUUGUGUUCAUCAGGUUGGAGAUCUUGGCUAUGCUUCCGAGCUUGGUAACUAUGCAGAAUAUAGUGGAGCCCCCAAUGAAGAGGAAGUGUUGCAGUAUGCCAGAGUUGUCAUUGAUUGUGCAACUUCUGAUCCUGACGGUCGUAAGAGAGCUCUUGUCAUUGGAGGAGGAAUUGCUAACUUCACUGAUGUAGCUGCUACAUUUAAUGGCAUAAUUCGAGCCUUGAAGGAAAAGGAAUCUAAGCUUAAAGCAGCAAGGAUGCACAUAUAUGUGAGGAGAGGAGGUCCUAAUUACCAGAGAGGCCUUACAAAAAUGAGGUCACUUGGAGAAGAAAUUGGAAUUCCAAUUGAGGUUUACGGGCCUGAAGCAACGAUGACCGGUAUAUGCAAGCAGGCAAUUGAGUGCAUCUCCGCUGCUGCGUAAGUGGCAAACUCCGGCGAGCCAUCUAUGUUUCUUCUUUAUUCCUGGUGUCAAAUCUCAGAGCAUCAUUUUAGAUGUUUAGUAAUAUUUUCUUUGUACCAGAAACCCCAUAUGCUUAUUUUUAGUUAUUGAUGGAACCAUAAGCAAUGGACUGAUGUUAUCAAUGCCAUAAUCAAAUUGUAAUCUCUAGUUAA